CAGUGCAUUCAUUUAUGUGACUAGGACUGGUUUGAAUUGUCAAAGGAGAAGAAAGAAAGAAGUUGCUAAGAAAAAGAGUAAAUACAAAUCCAAACAAAUGGGAACAAAGAAAGGCAGAGACCUGGUGAAGUUUGCUCACUGCCUAAUCCUACUCAAGAAACAGAAAAGGGAAGAAAAGAAGGAGAAAAGAAAUGGAGUUCCUAUUGGAAACAAGUUCAUGCUACUUGUUCUGGCUCGUUUCAGUUUUACUGCUGCAGGCAGAGGCAAACCAUGGAGGAGGAGGAGCAGCAGCAGCAAAUGUGACGCACGAUUCCUGCAGGACCACAGCAAGCUGUGGAAGUGGCUCAUCCGCCAUUGACGUCAGGUUCCCAUUCACCAUCAGGGGCAUGCCAUCACCUUCUGGGUACCAAGGAUUUCCUGGGUUCGAGCUUUCUUGCAGUACUGAAACCAACCAGACUCUGAUACAUCUCCCCCACUCCGCCAACUUCACCGUUCAGAGGAUCGAUUACGAAUCUCAGCAGAUUUAUUUGGGAAGCCCAGAUGGGUGCUUCCCAAGACAACUGCGACACCUGGAUCUCUCUACGACCCGGUUCGUGAUACCGAGGUUGGGACCUAUUCCUCACAGCAUUCUCAACUGUUCCAAGGUCAUCACAGGUUCUUCAUCAAAGCCGGUAUCUUGCCUAGGCCCCACGGUCUAUGCCUACGCUUCGAUUUGCGAUUUGUAUAUGGUCGAUUUUCUGUCUUGUAAGAAGAUGUAUGAAAUUCCAUGGUCCAAUGAUGAUGAUGGUGAGUACGGUGGUAACAGCUUUUCGUUGAGCUGGUCUAAUCCAGAAUGCAGCAGAUGUUACAAGGCCAAGGGGGAAUGUUGCUUGCUGAAGAAGAAACAGAGCAGCGACAUACAUGAAGUGGAAUGUUCGGGAGAUGCCCAUCGUGAUAAAGUUUCGUCCUUCAAGAAGGCAGUCAUAACAGGAGUGACUCUAGGUGCAACCUCCAUUGCGGCAUUGCUCAUUGCGCUCUACCGUGCUUACAAGUUUGAUCGCCAAGAAAAAGAGCAUAGGCUAAAGAUGGAGGUGUUCUUGGAUGAUUACAAGGCUCUCAAGCCUACUCGUUUCUCUUAUGCUGACAUCAAAAGAAUAACAGACCAGUUCAACGAUGAAUUGGGUCGAGGCGCUCAUGGAACAGUGUUCAAAGGCAAACUGUCAAGUGAAAUCGAAGUAGCUGUCAAGGUCCUGGACAACAACUUCACCACAACCAAAGGAAAUGAAGAGGAUUUUGUGAACGAAGUGGGAGCAUUGGCCGGAAUCCACCAUGUUAAUGUGCUUAGAUUGGUUGGAUUCUGCGCAGAUGGGUUCAGAAGAGCUCUGGUUUAUGAGUACUUACCAAACGAUUCACUCCAGAAGUACAUCUCUUACAACGGAACCCAACAAGAUUCCAGCCUUGGGUGGAAGAAGCUCCAAGAAAUCGCUAUUGGAAUAGCCAAAGGGAUCGAGUAUCUUCACCAGGGUUGUCAGCAGAGGAUCCUCCAUUUCGACAUCAAGCCUCACAACAUCCUCCUCGACCAAGACUUCAACCCAAAGAUCUCUGAUUUCGGCCUGGCCAAGCUGUGUGCAAAGGACCAAAGUGCCAUAUCCAUGACUGCAGCCAGAGGAACCAUUGGCUACAUUGCUCCAGAAGUGUUCUCAAGGAACUUCGGGACUGUGUCAUACAAGGCUGAUGUAUACAGUUUCGGAAUGUUGUUGCUGGAAAUGGUCGGAGGAAGGAAAAAUGUUGAUGUCACUGCAGCAGAUGGCGCCGAUCAUAUAUACUUUCCGGAGUGGAUAUAUAGCCUUUUCCGAGAAUCGGGAGAUGAUGUAAGGUUUGAUGUUGAAGAGGAUGAAGAAGAGGAAGAAGAUGGCAAGAUCAAGAAGAAGUUGGCUAUAGUGGGUCUGUGUUGCAUUCAAUGGAACCCAGUUGAUCGACCUCCAAUGAAGCUUGUGGUACAAAUGCUGGAAGGGAAAGAUGACAAUUUAGCACCACCACCUAAUCCUGUUAGCUCUAAUACUGGUGGUGUGGCAAGAAUGUCAGUCAUGGGAAAGCCGCGGCUGCUCCAGGAUUUGGAGAUCAUACCAGAGACGGAAUAUAAGUAUGUUUGAGUCGGGUAAUAGUUAGAAGAAGUGUAUUGUGUUUGGCAUUUGGUGUACUAGGAUUUCAUGAAGUAGUUGAUUGUGGAGAUAUACUAGAAUCAAUACCCACGGCUACACCGCGCGCGGACUAAAUCCUUCUAUAGACUAUACAAUAUCGAGUAGGUGAAAGGGGAAACACUAACCUUUUACUUGAAUCUUUCCAAUGCAUCUUUUUUGCGCCCUUUAGCAACCAUUUUCUUCCCCAUCUCUUGCUGCUCCUCUUCCUCAUUAGUCUCAUCUUCCGAAUCCUUGACUGCCAGAAGCAGAAAAAGCUUGUCUUUUUCAACAAAUGGAGAAUUCAACUGAAGAAAACAAAGUAAACCGUCACCUGAACAAACCUUCGUGUUCCGCGUCCAUGUUGAGAGAAAGUUUAUCAGAGAGCUGAACUGAGCCUACACAAGCAAACGCUCUAGCGGAGAAGAUAGGAAGGCUUUUUUAGUUUCUCUAUGGAGGAAGGAGCUCAAUUGGAUGAAUCCACGAUUGCUUUCCGGCGUUUGACGAGCAGAUGAAAGAAAUCGGAGCUCCGCCGCCGCUGCUUGUUUCGCUUUCUGGUAAAUGGUAAUGGACAGGGCGCGGGGGCGCGGUUCUUUUGGCUGAUGGAUUCCAUCUUAAAUUCUCUCUGUUGGGCUAAUACCAUCUUUAGCCCCUAAACUAUAAUUUCUAACAAAUUUGUUCAUGUACAAUGUAUUUUAAACAAACCAGUACAUAGUAUUAGUAUAUGCCAUUUAUUUAUUUUCAGUCCCUGAAUUUAAAUUUUGUACAUAAAGUUAGUAAUUGGAUCUGAAAAACGAAAAAUAAUGAGAGAUCCACGAGUUAAAUUAAGAAGAAAAAUAAGAAUUUUCGACAUACAUGACAUCGAAUACGCUAUAGACUUAGUAAGGAAUGAACGGAUUAUGCUCAUCUAGUUUGAUAAGAAAACGGGCAUCAUAAACGGAUGCAAGGGCUACAAGAAGAGAGAUCAGACCUGUGGAAAAAGAAGCCAUUAAUAAGAGUCUUAUAUUAUG